AUGGAAUCUCCUCCUCAGAAGGUUUUUGUUUUUAUUUUGUUGCAGAUGAUUUAUUGGACAAGCUGGACUUGUACAUUAGCUCCAUCCAUGAGGAGCGGCCCGGUCUGGUGAAGAAGAUUAGGCACUCUGAGCAGCUCGGCCUGACCCAGGCCAGACUGACGGGGUGGAAAGCUGCAGUGGGAGAUGUGGUGGCCAUCUUGGAUGCACACAUAGAGGUCCAUGUUCAGUGGGCAGAACCCCUGCUGGCUCGGAUUAAAGAGGACCGCACUGUGAUACUGACACCAGUUUUUGAUAAAGUCGACUUUGACGACCUGAUAGUGAUUCCUUAUAUGGCCUAUGCUGAUGGCUUUGACUGGGCCUUAUGGUGCAGGUAUGAGGCAUUCAGACCCGAGUGGUACGCCUUGAAGGAUGAAUCCCAACCUGGCAAGAGUCCGUCCGUCAUGGGAAUACUAGUUGCAGAUCGGAAGUUUUUUGGAGAGAUCGGAAGCCUUGAUGGCGGGAUGAAGACAUACGGAGGUGAAAACGUGGAGCUCGGCAUCCGGGUGUGGCUGUGUGGAGGCAGCAUAGAGGUCAUUCCCUGCUCCAAGGUCGCUCACAUUGAACGCUUUCAUAAGCCCUACGCCCCGGACCUGAGCGCCUUGGUGAGACGCAACGCCCUGAGGGUGGCAGAGGUCUGGAUGGACGACUACAAAUACAACGUGGAAGUGGCCUGGAACCUCCCCAUCGGGAAUCAUGGAAUUGAUAUCGGGGAUGUUUCUGAGAGGAAGAAGCUGAGGGAGAGGCUGAAGUGUAAACCCUUCCAGUGGUACCUGGAUAAUGUUUACCCCAUGCUGGAACUGCUGCAGGACCUGCUGGGCUACGGAGUUCUGAUUAAUGACCGCUGGCCCGCUGAGUGUGUGGAUCAGGGCCCGGCUCCUGGCUCCACACCCAUCCUCUAUAGUUGCCACUUCUUCUCCUCUCAGCACUGUUAUUACCUCACUGACGGAAAACUUUACAUCGGUGGGAUCCAAUCACACAAAUACAGCAGCAACAACUGUCUGGUGGAUCCUGGUUCAGGAGUUUCACCAGGACUGUACCAGUGCAACCUGGCCCAGCAGAAGAAACUCCACAUGUUUUGGGACUUCAAACAGGGAGGACAGAUCCAGAACAGAGACACUAAGAGAUGCCUGGAAGUAGUGCUGAGAGACAUGUAUCCCAGACUGGUUCUCCAGCAGUGCAGCGGUCAGAGAUGGACGAUUCAACAUGUGAUUACGGCACAGAAACGGCACAUUAAUUCAGAGAAACAGGUACUGUGACCUGUAAGGACAGUGCUCCACUAGACCAGGCAACAUCCUGGGAUUUUUUAUUAUAGUUCAAGUCAAACAGGAUCAGUUAUGAUUGGACAGUCAUGAAUUAUCAGAGAUGAAGGUGUCCCAUUUGUUUUGCCACAUGGCGAAAGCUCUGUCCUUAAGAUGAUCUGGCAGCGAGCUGUACCUGCAAACAGAGAUGACUUUAAAACUCAGGACAGAUGUAAAAAAUUAUCUUAAGUUGCUGUAUAUCUAGAGUCUUUAGGUUGACAGGAGUAGAAGUCCAGUCAACUUCUACUCAUGUAGAAGUUGACUGGACUUCUACUCAUGAGUAGAAGUUGACUUCUACAUGAGUAGAAGUCAACUUCUACUCAUAGAAGUUGACAUGACUUCUACAUGAGUAGGACUUCUACUCAUGUAGAAGUUGACUUCUACAUGAGUAGAAGUCAACUUCUAUGAGUAGAAGUUGACAUGACU